CUGAAGACGUCUUUAAACUUUCGCCGCGUUGUGGCCUAGACCAGGUGAUAUUGUGCUAUGUCCUGCCGUACGGGCCCGACUGAGGUCACUCAUCAACCAUCACAUUAGUCCUGAGUGAAGUGUGUAAUUAUGUAUGUAAGUGAGGGCAGAGCGAGCGGCGUGAUUGUGUCGACCCUCAUCCUGCGAGCGCCCUUUGUGUCCCGCAGAUAAGUUGGGCAACUGACAGGAUCCAGGGGACUUCAUAUUUUGAUAUGAUUAACAUUUUGAACAUUGGAUCUGUUCGAGGAUUUUAAUGACGCCCCCUGUCGCGUAAUGGCGCAUGGAGUGGUCGUGGCGGGCGUGGUGCGCGCUCGUCCUCGCCGCGCUGCACCUCGCCGCCGCCGGUCCUCGCUACAGCUCGCGAAUCGUGCACACGCAGCCAGGUGCCAUCCGUGGUAUCAUAGUAGAGCCGGCGUCACGGCGACUGGAGCCUGUGGAGGUGUUCCGGGGGGUACCUUACGCCGCACUGCCGCCUCGUUUGCGCGCUCCUCUACCGCCUACCCCUUGGCCCGGCACGCGCCUCGCCGACACCUUUGCGCCCGUCUGUCCACAACGCAUUCCGGAUAUAGCCAACAAGACUGCCGCGUUGUCAACGAUGCCGCUAGGGGUGUACAACGAGCUGGUUGCAUUAAAGCCACUGCUUGUCAACCAGAGCGAAGAUUGUCUCUACCUCAACAUCUAUGUACCCGGUAGCGGGUCCCGUGGCGUCGAGGCGCCCUAUGCAGUUGCAGUUUGGGCAGGCGCCGGUCCAGAAGGCGGAUCUGGCAACGCUUUAGAUGGAGCAGUUUUGGCAGCUCGGGCACACCUGCUAGUUGUCACACUUAACUAUAGAAUAGGAUUACUUGGUUACUUAACGACGGGUGAAGAUGAUGAGGCUUCACUGUCGGGGGGCGCUGCAGUGAUGGACGUAGUAGCUGCGUUAUCUUGGAUACGAACAAACAUCGCUGCCUUUGGUGGUGAUCCUCGCCGUGUCACGCUUUUAGGACACGCCGCUGCCGGAGCAUUAGUCAACACUGUCGUCAUGCUGCCCAGCAUAAAAGGUUUAGUAUCUCGCAUCGUGCUGCUAAGUGGGUCCGCACUUAGUCCAACGGCAUUAUCUCCGGACUCCGCGUUAGCCCGCGAGCACGCCGCGCAAGCUUUGCGCUGCACUAGAGACACGCACCCUGGAGAACAUUGGUUAAUAUCGUGUGUCUCGAACCGUCCUCUGGCAGCGCUCGUUGCCGUAGAGGCGCCCCGGGCACGUUUUCUUGCGGGAUGGGGUCCUGGUGUACCCCGCUCACGAGACUUACCCAAUCCUUCACCAAGUCGCGCGUUGCACGCCAGCGACACUUUCCUAGAUUGCGCCCUCGCUGUUAUCGUUACUACCACUGAGAGCUAUCACUUUUUCAGCGAGGAUGAUAUACGACACGGCUUUGAAGAAGAAUACAGAAACCGGGUGUUACGUACCUACGUCAGAAACGUGUACCGGUUUCACCGCAACGAAAUUUUUGCGGCUGUCCGCAAUGAGUACACAGACUGGGAGAAGCCAAUCCAGCAUCCAAUAAAUAUCCGCGAUGCUACAUUGGAGGCGCUAAGCGAUGGGGCUGGUGCUGCACCCGCCUUACGAGUUGCCCAAUUGCAUGCACGACGCGGAGCGCCUACGUACCUUGCCCACUUCGCACAUCACUCACGUGACGCCGAUUAUCCGCAGCGGCUGGGCAGUGUAUCCAGUGAGACUUUGCCAUACUUCCUCGGAUUACCGCUUGUGGGUGGGCUAUCACGAAACUACUCCCGCGGAGAUGUGACUGUAGCGGAAGCCUGUGUAGCGCUUCUGGCUGCCUUCGCCAAGACAGGAGACCCUAGUCCCAAGCCGGAUGACCACCAGGAGACCGGUCUUUCCUGGCCCCGCUAUGAACUGAACACGCAACAAUACUUAAGUAUAGGAACAAAGAUGCGUGUGCGCAGCCACUACCGCGGUCAUAAGCUAUCUCUGUGGCUGCAUCUCAUUCCGCAGUUGCAUCGAGCUGGAGCGGCACCAGCCCACCACCAAUUUCGGGAUCUUCACCCUGACAUGUUUGCCGGUGACAUAUUUCCUGAGAUGUACACAACCACAACCUCGCUGGACGAAGAAGAGGAGAGCGAGGCUGAAGACAGCCUAGAAGUAGAGGAGUGUUCCCCUUCUCCCUCUGCACGUCCAGCUCUUGCCGCACUACCGCCUCCCAGACCUUCCCCAAAAGAGGACUCGCUCACUUUGGACUCGCAAUACUACAGCUAUACGGUGGCGCUGGGUGUGACUGUGGGCGCAGGAUGCUUUCUGUUGGCGCUGAACUUGAUUGUAUUCGCUGGUAUUUAUCUGCAGCGCGGCAAGCGGCGCGCUCGUUCAAGACCCCGACGUGAAGGCAGCGGGGGAUGCCGAGGGACCGCACUUACGGAGGCACUCACGUCGCCCCGGAAAAGCACGCUUAAGCGCAGCAGCGACUUAGAGUUGGUAGAAAGGCCGGCCACCGCCGUCCCGCCGCCCAAGAAACGCGUGCAGAUACAAGAGAUCUCUGUAUAGACGAUUUCUGAACAAAUAUCAGUGCAAAAACGUUUAUGUUGCUGUGAGUGUGUAAAGUGUAUUAAUAACAUUUUCUAGUGAUUUAUUAGAAUAAUCUAUGUAUGCAGACCCCAUAUAAUGAUUCGUUAUUAUAUCAGUAUAAUGUUGUGAAAACGGUAUGUAGUAAGUGGAUUAUAUAAAGUUUUGAAUUAAGUAGCUAAAAUGAUAAACCAUCUCAAUGACCUCUGUAGAACUACUGCGAAUUAUGAAUGUACAGCAUAGUGAUAAUGUUCUUCGACAUUGGUUAAUUUGACCAUGGUAUAUUAUUCUUAUUAUCCCUAGCUUUCUGGGUAUAAUUUAAAUGAGCAAGCUUUUCAAACCCGUACUCAGUUUCAUUUGCUGCAAACUUACACCUAACAAUGAUGGUUUUACGAUAAAAAAAACAUAGUUGACAUUACUCAAUCCGCUGUAUCUUCCAUCCAAACACUUUUUUGGACUCCGUAACGAGAAACUUUCAGCGGUCCCAGCCCUGUGCCACCUACUACCAAUUGCUGGCUUUCAGCUGCAUCAGGUUCUCCACAACUCUGAUGAUCAAGCGGCACUUAGGCCAACCUACUGGUUUUCGACCACGCCGGCUCGAAUAAGCUUUUUUAACCGCCUGAUCCGCCGCCAUGCGCUCAAGGUACCUGAACGUAGUUCAUGGGCUUGGUAUUCGCCUAUAGAGUUGGGCUGGGUUACCAACUAUUCUAUUUCGACAUUUUCGGCCUCUCCAUAGGGCCAUGAACUCAUCGCCUUAUAAGCUCCAGGAUUGAUUUAAUAGAUAUUAUAUUGUAGAAUUAUCUUCAAGUAUUAUUCUACGUCGUCGAAGACAAUUUAUGAUAUACCCUUAACACUAGUUAAGUUAGCAGUUGGUGCAUGCGUCACAAUUUACCAGUGAGUGCAUUGUGCAGUUGAGUUCACUUGGGUGCAUGUUCCUGCAUCGCUGGGCCGCACAUUGCAUAUGUCGACACCCGUCUAACCUCGUUAAACACGCCGCGCCGUCACACAGCCACGACGCACGACUUAACGACCUCUUGUUUAGAUGUCCGGCGAUGAGCUCAAAAGCGCUAAACAAUACACUUUCGUAAAGGAAAACUUCUUGAGAAAACCUUAGAUCAAAAAAGUCGAUGGCGUGUGUUGGACACAGAAUGCUGAUCACCUACUCGCCUAUAAGAAAGAAAAAUAUCAGGAGACAUGAGACGAGCGGUUCUUGGUUUAAACAUUUAUAGUAUCAUUUUUAUAAUCCAAACCAAUAUGUUUAAUUUUCUAUCUACAGUGUUCUCUCUCUGUUGUUCGGUGGAAGUUUAAGCAAACAAUGUACCAUUGUCGUACAGUAAGUGAGCGUCUUAGGGCGUGGUGUGAACUCACAAUAAUUAAUCAUUCCGUAUGAUCGCGCACCGGGGAGCUGUCGCGAACUUGCCCUAUUCACGGGCACGUUCUUUGCGACUUGUUUAUUCAAAGAAUUCAUUUUAAUUUUGCGAUGUAGAUCUCAAAGCUUUACGAUUUCUUUUGUUCGUUGAAAUUUUGUCAUCUAGUCGCGAAUUGUUUAAAUAGUAUCGUUUUUCGCAAUUGUUUUGUUGGAUUUUCAAAAAAAAUUUAUUGUGUCUGUUAUAGUUCGAAGUUAUAUUCUAUGUGUAAUUAAGAGUUAUAGAAAUUGUAUACGUUUAAUUCAAUCUGUGUAAAUAUAAACUUAUUUUCGUUCCUAACUAGUUGUAAGAUGUGUUUUGUAUCUACUUAUUAAGAGAUGUGAAUGAGAAAACAAACAAAUCUUUAACAUUGUUUGAAAUAUUAUUUUCAAAUACGCUACAUUAGAUAGAUUGUUCUGGGCCUUGAUAAUACCAUUACCUACCAAUUCGUCUUAAAUUAUGGAAGUUUCCAAAGUUAAUACAAAAAUCGAUAAUUGGCCGGUUUUCCAGUUGGCAAGCACCGAUCUGGGAGGUAUUACCGGUAUUAUCUUAACUUUAUAUAAAAUUGGAAAGAAAUUAUCAUACAAUUUUUUCAGCAUUUCAAUAUUUACUUUAUCAUUAAUAAAGAUUUUUACGAUACCUAGAAAAUGUGGGCUAAUGAAAUUGUUAUUUCAGUAAGCAAAUGAACAAGUAUUCAAGCUUUUGUAAAAUUGGAAAAUUAUAUCAGACUGAGUGGAUAAUUAAGGUUAUUUUUGUAACUGUUUCCAAAAAUAUUAUAUUUUUAGAAUUCACAACCUAGAAAUGUAAUCGCAGUUUUCUGUACUAAAUCACUGCCUUAAUUCGAACUUUUAAUACACAAUAUUUUUUAAUUUAUCCCCUCUUCAUAAAAAACUCAAUCAGUCUAUAAAUAAUUCCAUUGUAUUAAAGUGCUUCUAAUUAUGUUUACAUUUGGUAUUUAAUUUAAUUGGUAAGAUUUUAAAAACCAUUUCAUAUCAUUUUUAGUGAUUGACACAAAUGUGUGUUAGAUAUGUAACAUACAAUAUUGUCUUUACAUUCAUAUUACCUGCCAAAACGCUCUAGCUAGGUUCUUACCUAUCUACGCUACGACGCUAUCUUUAGCGUCCCACUAGUACGAUGCACCAUGCCAGUAAAUACACAAUUAUCAUUCGUAAAUUACACAAAUAUACAUAUAUUCAACUCCACGAUAGUAUUCGGAUUACAUAGACAAAUAUAUUUUCUACUGGCUUGGUACGUCAUUGUCGAUUCGACUAAUCUGUGCCACGUUCACAUGACUGGCGUAUAAAAAUCAAUAUUAAUUUAACGAUUUUUCAAUAUAUUAUUAAUGAAUAUUUACAAUUUCAUUCCAUAACGCCUUUUAAAGCCAUGUAUAAUUUUGCUUUCAAUAACACGGUGGGUUUUUUUCAUACUGUCGAAUUGCAUAUUGGACUGAGUUGGAGUUUAGGAAACGUAAGUGUGAAUGCUGUCUAUAGAUGUAAAUAAGAAAAUACAAUUUACUUAAUGUUAGAAAUUGUAUAUAAUAAUUUCAUGAAUAACUGUGACUAUUAAGAUUCUUAUCGUGGU